UAGUUUUUAGUUCCAUUUCAUCACAAACAUACUGCCUUUCUUUGAAUUCUCCAUCCUCUUCUACCUAUUAUCUGUUGUUGAAAGAGAAGACAGUGGCAGAACCCAAGCCAAGAAUAUUUUCUUAGCGUCAAAGUCCUAGGAAAUGCCAGACUGCACAGCUUAGCGUGGAAGCAUCAUGAGUAAUUACCUGAGACAGAUGAUUCUCUCAAUGACAUUGUGCAUGAUUCUUGUUGGAAAUCCAGGCAUCCUUGUAUUUGGUUUUGUUGAGCAAGAACGGACUGAAAGGAUCACAGAAGGAGCUGAGAAUCACUUGCUGUAUCCAGGCACGGGUAACAGGAAUAUUGAAGAGAGGGAAGAUUGGCAAAUGGUGAAGAAGAACAGGAACCAGUUUUUGGUUAAUGGCCAGCCAUUCUACGUCAAUGGAUUUAAUACUUACUGGCUGAUGGUAUUCGCCGCUGAUAAUUCUACAAGAGGGAAGGUCACUGAGUUAUUUCAACAAGCAUCAUCUGUGGGACUAACAGUUUGCAGGACUUGGGCAUUCAACGAUGGCCAAUGGCGAGCUCUUCAGAAAUCUCCUGGAGUUUAUGAUGAAGAUGUAUUCAAGGCCUUGGAUUUUGUAGUGAGUGAAGCAAGGAAGUACAAGAUCAGGCUGAUUCUGUCAUUGGUUAACAACUGGGAUGCGUAUGGUGGAAAAUCACAAUAUGUUAAAUGGGGGAAGGAUGCAGGACUCAAUUUAACUUCUGAUGAUGACUUUUUCUCCCAUCCAACUCUUAGAAGUUAUUACAAGGCUCAUGUCAAGGCGGUGCUAAAUAGAGUGAAUACAUUCACAAACAUAACUUACAAGAAUGACCCAACAAUCUUUGCUUGGGAACUGAUGAAUGAGCCUCGAUGCACCUCAGAUCCCACUGGUGAUAAAUUGCAGUCUUGGAUAAUAGAAAUGGCAGUCUAUGUGAAGAGCAUGGAUGCGAAGCACUUGGUUGAGAUAGGAGUGGAAGGAUUUUAUGGUCCAUCAGCACCCAAGAGAGCUCAGUACAAUCCGAAUUCAUAUGCUACACAGGUUGGAACAGACUUCAUAAGGAACCAUCAGGCUCUUGGUGUUGAUUUUGCUUCUGUUCACAUUUAUGCAGAUUCCUGGAUUUCCCAAACAAUCACCGAUUUCCACCUACAAUUCACCAAAUCAUGGAUGGAAGCUCACAUAGAAGACACAGAGAGGUACCUUAAGAUGCCAGUUCUGUUUUCCGAGUUUGGGGUUUCUACAAAAGAUCCUGGAUACAACUCUUCAUUCAGGGACACACUUAUUAGCACAGUAUACAACACACUUUUGAACUCAACCAAGCAAGGAGGGAGUGGAGCUGGUAGUCUUCUGUGGCAGCUGUUUCCUGAAGGGACAGACUACAUGGACGAUGGAUAUGCAGUUGUGCUUUCAAAAUCUCCUUCAACAUCAAAUAUCAUAUCCCUUCAUUCCACUAGACUUGCCAUCUUCAAUUCUGUAUGCUCUUGGAAGUGUCAUUGGCGUUGCAAGAAGAAAGAUGUUCUAGAGACAUUCCUUUACCAUGAUGAAGUGUAAUAUUGUAUGCAGAAAAAAUUAUUCUUUCCUUUAUAUAGAAGACCAUAAUGAUAAUGCACUGCACCUGUCUGUACUAGCAAACAUAGGAAGAUAUAUUGUGGAUUUUGAAUAUAAAGCCUCCGAGAAAUU